CAGGGCACGGGCGGAGAGCCCCGGCUAAGCCGGAAGGGUGGAGGUUAGUGGAGCUUAUAGUCAUCGAUUAUGCGCCCUAGAUCUAAGCAAGCCCCUGCCUCGCCUACUGCGGCGGCGCAUGCGCAGGUUGGGGAGGGCGGGCGGAAGACAGUGUCCCGGUCACCCGGUUAGGGGAGCUGGUGACGUUUGUUUGUUGUUAGUGGCUUCGUGGGUGCGGAACUGUCCCUUUCCUCGCGCGCAGGCGCAGUUCUCUCCCGUUCCUCACUGGCCCGAGCGGAGGCGGCCUCGGUUCCCGAGCGGAGCGCUGGCUGCUCCCCCUCCUCGGCGGCCCCAUGGCGGUGAACUACAACGCGAAGGAGGAGGCGGACGGGCACCCGUCGGGAGUGGGGGUCCCCGGCGGGGCGGGGAAGAGCCGCAAGCCGGAUAACACGGCAUUCAAACAGCAACGCCUGCCGGCCUGGCAGCCCAUCCUGACCGCAGGCACCGUGCUGCCCGCCUUCUUCAUCAUCGGCCUCAUCUUCAUCCCCAUCGGCAUCGGCAUCUUCGUCACCUCCAACAACAUCCGCGAGUACGAGAUUGAUUACACGGGAACCGACUCUUCUAGUCCCUGCAACAAAUGUUUAAAUGUGUCCUGGAAUAGCACACCACCUUGUACUUGCACCAUUAACUUUACACUGGAUCAACCCUUUGAGACCAAUGUGUUUAUGUAUUAUGGACUGUCUAACUUCUAUCAAAACCAUCGUCGUUAUGUGAAGUCUCGGGAUGACAGCCAACUAAAUGGCGAUAAUAAUUCUUUAUUUUAUCCCAGUAAGGAGUGUGAGCCUUACAGCACGAGUGAGGGUAAACCCAUUGCUCCUUGUGGAGCUAUUGCCAACAGUAUGUUUAAUGAUACAUUGGAAUUGUUUCGCAUUGAUAAUGAAACAAGGACCCCUAUUACUUUGAAUAAAAAAGGUAUUGCUUGGUGGACAGAUAAAAAUGUUAAGUUCAGGAAUCCUUCUGGAAAUACAAAUAAUUUGACAGCACUUUUCCAAGGCACGACAAAGCCUGUGAACUGGCCCAAACCAGUGUAUAUGCUGGAUUCCGAAACAGACAACAAUGGGUUCAUCAAUGAAGACUUUAUUGUAUGGAUGCGUACUGCAGCAUUGCCUACAUUUCGUAAACUAUAUCGCCUGAUUGAGAGAAAAAAUAACUUGCAGCCUACCUUACAAGCUGGAAAGUACUCUUUGGACAUCACAUACAAUUACCCUGUGCACAGUUUCGAUGGACGGAAACGGAUGAUCCUGAGCACCAUAUCAUGGAUGGGAGGCAAAAAUCCAUUUCUGGGAAUCGCUUACAUCACUGUGGGGUCCAUAUGCUUCUUUCUAGGAGUUGUGCUGCUAGUCAUUCAUCACAAAUAUGGAAAUCGAAACACUAGUGCGGACAUUCCCAAUUAAUCUUGCAUUCUGAAAACAAAUGUACUGCAUGUGCAUCAAGGCCAGUCCAGAGUGGGCCCAGUUUUUGAUAGCUUAAUCUGCUUAUAUUGCUUCUGAAGCUGGGUGCAAAACUCUUUCUCUAAAGCCUUUCUUCCCCUUGCUGUGGAUUGACUUUGAAAAUGACGGGUAUUUAAUUAGCUAUACUGAUUGUAUCUAUGCUGACUGCAUAAAUGGUUUUCUGAUGUUGAUCUCUUCCUAGGCAGGCUAUAUGAUCCAUAUAGCCCCUGUUCCCUUAAUGCAUCUGCUGCUUAUUUCUGUGCUAUGUAAUAUAUCCAUAUGAUACUGUAUGUAUAGGUUGGGUGGAGAAAGGAGACUGUUUUAGAAUAUUGUUAACCAUUCACGAUGUCAGUGCUAUUAAAAGGAGAAAUAAUAAGUCUUUAAUGUUUGUUCAUGUCACUGUAUUGUGUGCAUAGGCUUUAUGUUCCUUGCUGAGAUGUUUAAUAUAUUAAAGUUGUAAAAUAUUUUCUGUGUAAGUGUGUUAUGCAUUAAAUCUUCAUAAAGUGCUGUUACAAAUUCACAUAACUCUGUAUUUUAGAUAGUUCCCAUGCCAGGCAAAUCCGAUAACAUGCCCUGAAAAUGUCAGGAGAUCUGUCAACUGACUGUAUGGGUGAAUUUCCAAGUCUAGUUUCAACUUGGAAACCGUUGUUGAGAUAAAAAAGCAGCUUUGUUCUAAAUAUUUCUUUUGCUUGAAGUUAUAUUUAGAACAGUUUACCCAUUGUACUUGUGAUCUUGCUCUUUGUGAAGAUAUUAAUCAAGAAAAAAUGAAGUUCUUUCCAAUCAUAAAUCUGGGUGGAAUAACUAUCUUGCCAGUGGAGAAACUUCCUUGCCCUGCUCUAGUUAGAAACAGGGCUUAGAUGUUCAGAGCAGUUAAGUGUUCAAAUCCCAAAGUGAAAGAAUUCAUAGUUAUUGAAAUGACUAUCCCUUUUCUUUUUACAUAGAUUGAGCUUGGCAUGAAAGUCAUUUAAAUGUCUGUUACAGGUAGUGUACAGUAUUCCCUCAAAUCUCCAUAUUAAAACCGGUUUCAUUUUUGUUGGUUCAUUCAAAGUUCACUGUAAAUUGUAAGCUACUGCAUUCUAGUGAUUUUAGAUGAUGCACAUUAUACAUUGUAAUUUAAAUUGCAGAGGUUACUUUACAUGUAACUGGCUUGAUAAAGUAUUUGAAUAUUCAAUAUUGAAUAAAUGCUGCAAAUUAUUUAUGAUGAAA